CCUGACCUUCUCCUUUCUCCCUCUCAGAAGCUUCACCACCAUGUCCGUCAGCAGCCACGAGAACAGGAAAUCCCGCUCGAGCUCCGGCUCCAUGAACAUCCACCUCUUCCACAAACCGGGCCACGCCGACAGCCUCCUCACCCAGCUCAACCUGCUCCGCAAGAGGCACCUCUUCACCGACGUGGUGCUACGGGCGGGCAACCAGGCCUUCCACUGCCACCGGGCCGUCCUGGCCUCCUGCAGCCGCUACUUCGACGCCAUGUUCAGCGGAGGCCUGAAAGAAAGCAGGGACGCUGAAGUCAACUUCCACGAUUCCCUCCACCCCGAGGUGCUGGAGCUGCUGUUGGACUACGCUUACUCGGCCCGGGUGUUGAUUAACGAGGAGAACGCGGAGUCCUUGCUGGAGGCCGGGGACAUGUUGCAGUUUCAGGACAUUCGGGACGCUUCGGCCGACUUUUUGGAGAAGAACCUCUACCCUGGGAACUGCUUGAACAUGCUGCUCCUCUCCGACGCCCACUGCUGCGAGAGGCUGCUGGAGCUCUCCUGGAGGAUGGCCUUGGCCAACUUCACCUCGCUCUGCAAGACCGAGGACUUCCUCCGACUGCCCAAAGACAAGCUGCUGGAGCUGGUGGAGAGCGAAGAGCUGGAGGUGGAGGACGAGACGCUGGUCUACGAAGCUGUUAUGGGUUGGAUCCGCUACGAUUUACCCCGACGCCAUGAAGUUCUGCCCGAGCUGCUGCGCUCCGUCCGCCUGGCCCUCCUGCCCGAGUCCUACCUGCGGAAGCAAGUGGCCUGCGAGAAGCUGGUGACCAGCCACAAACUGGGGGAGGAGAUCGUGGCCGACGCCGUGAGGUGCAAAAUGAAGAUCCUGCAGAACGACGGGCUGGUGACGGGGUGCUGCGCCCGACCCCGCAAGGUCAGCCAGGCCCUGCUGCUGCUGGGUGGCCAGACCUUCAUGUGUGACAAGAUUUAUACUCUGGAUCACAAAACCCGCCAGAUCAUUCCUCGCGCCGACAUCCCCAGCCCCCGUAAAGAGUGCAGCGCCUGCGCCAUCGGCUGCAAAGUCUACAUCACCGGGGGCAAAGGCUCUGAAAAUGGCGCUUCCAAAGACGUCUGGGUUUACGACACCCUCCACGACGAGUGGGCCAAAGCUGCUCCCAUGCUGGUGGCCCGCUUUGGCCACGGCUCCGCCGAGCUGGACCACUGUCUCUACGUGGUGGGGGGUCACACAGCAGUGAGUGGCGCCUUCCCGGCCUCUCCCUCCGUCUCUCUCAAGCAAGUGGAACACUACGACCCGCAGCUGGACAAAUGGUCCUUGGUGGCCCCUCUCCGAGAAGGCGUGAGCAACGCCGCCGUGGUGGGAGCCAAGAUGAAACUCUUCGUUUUCGGUGGCACCAGCGCCAACCAGGAGAAGCUGCCCAAGGUGCAGUGCUUCGAUCCCUGCCAGAACCGCUGGACGGUGCCCGCCAGUUGCCCCCAACCCUGGAGGUACACGGCCGCCGCCGUGGUGGGCAGCCACAUCAUCGUCAUCGGAGGGGACACGGAGUUCUCCGCCAGCUCCGCUUACCGUUUCCACAGCGACACUUACCAGUGGUCCAAAUUUGGGGACGUCACCGCCAAGCGCAUCAGCUGCCGGGCUGUCACGUCGGGCAACAGGCUGUACGUGGUGGGGGGCUACUGCGGGACCCAGCGCUGCAAAACCCUGGACUGUUACGACCCAUCGUCCGACACCUGGAGCAGCGUCACCACCGUCCCCUAUUCCCUCAUCCCCACCGCCUUCGUCAGCACCUGGAAGUACCUUUCGGCCUGAGUCACGAGGAACCUGGAAGGCUUCACACCUGAUUUUGCCAGUGUCUCCCUUCACCGAGGAUCCAGAGGGAAGACACGGGUGGCAGGAGGGUCUCCUCCUACCCGGCGAGUCUGUGACCUGUCCCAGAUGCCAGCGUGGAUCCCGUGAGAAGCAGGAGGACGGCACCACUUCCCUAAAUCCCCUUCCCUGGGGGAGCAGGGAGGGGACAAGCAGGGAGGGACCUCCUUGGGCUGGCAGCUUGUGCUGUCCCUCGAGAUGGCAAAAGGUUUCCACGUUUUCUCCUAACUUGUGUGAUCUCACAGCAGGAACCAGAGGAGUAUUUUAUUUUUUUUUUUACUUUUUUCAUUUAGUAUUUUCUUUUAAGUGAUAUUUACUAGAAGCUCCUCCAGAAGCUCCUGGCAGCAGGCUCUGGCCCGUGCUGCUCUCUGCUGUGACUGGGAAUGCUGGCAGCACCAGAGGCAGUGCCUGAAACUUCUUUAACACGUGACAGUACUUUGCCCAUGGGCUCCUUCUGUACAUUUAUCAAUUUGUUGGUUGUUUUCUUUUUUAUUUUAUAUAUAUAUAUACAGCAGUUGUGUGUGUUUAUUACUCAGCCUGGAGCUGCUUCAAUA